UCCAACAAGGGCCGCUUUUGUGCGAAGCAUCAUCAAACUCACAUGGUUAAGUGGCGGAGCUCGGCAGGGCUGCGCGCACAACAGCUGACGGCGAGGCACCGAGCGCCUUCCGAGCUGCAGCCUCCAUCGCCGGACGCCAUGGAGAACGGCAAACCUGAAGACCAAGACAGCGAAAUGGAGGAGGUGAACUUGCAGAUCGCUCAGCUCCAAGCCAUGGCAAUGGAGCUGAAAGCAGGCCUGAUGGGGGCGAUCCAGGAGCUCUCUGUUCUUAAGCAGCAAGACGGAAGCCUUGAGGAGAGGAUGAUGAGCUACCAGGGUGAUGUGGAUGAGAAGAUAUUGGGGAUAAAGAACUCCUUGAACACCUUUAAGGAGGACCUGAGCACCGCCUUGUCCCAGAUCAAGGAGAUCAACAGCAGACACAAGGAGAUGCAGCGUGGCUUGGAGCUCUUCCAGUUGGAGGUGGGCAGGGAGCUUCUCUCGGCUCAGCAGAGGAAGGCUGAAUUGAAGGACGAUCCUCUGGCAGAUGGACCCAAGUAUCCACAGGAGCUCAGUAUCAUCCAGCACUACUUCUCAAGCCUCCCGAAUGGCUCAGGCCAGAAACACACCACGUCUGUGCCAUCUACCAACUCGGAGCAGGACGGCGGGCGUCCGCAGCAGAUGCGAGGCGCAUCCAGAUCUCCUCUGUGGCGGGAACGGCGGGACAGCAGGGAUACGACAGAUGGACAGGAGAGUCAGGAGAACGGUAAGAGGCAGACGGCUGCUCUGGAGCUGCUGGAAUCCGAGAGGGUGUACGUCUCCUACCUGUCCCUCCUGCUCAAAGCCAACAUCACCUUCAACGGCUCGGAGACCGUGCACGUCAAAGAUAAAAGGCCCUUCCCCAGCUCCCUGCGCUUCCUCAUCCAGCAGCACCUGGAGCUGCUGCACAUCCUGCAGGAGCGUGUGCUCAAGUGCCAGUGGCAAGGCAUCAUGGGAGAUGUGUUCAUGAGGCUCACCAGCAAAGAAAGUGAUUUCCUGGACUACUACGUGGCGUACCUGAAGGAGCUUCCGGAAUGUCUGUCAGCACUUAACAUGUACAGUGCUGCUUCUCUGAAGGCCGCCAGCUUGUCUGAGGCUGACAUUGUUGGGGAUGAAAUGCGGCCUCCCCUCCACACCCUGCUCCUCCAGCCAGUGCAGCGCAUCCCAGAGUACCUCCUGCUUCUGCAGAACCUGCUGAAGCAGACAGAUGUGGAGCAUCCAGACUACUACCUGCUGCUGGUCUGUAUCCAGCAAUUCAGAGCUUUCACGGGACAGUACAGCCACCUUCUCCAGCACAACGAAGACCUGCUGCUGCAGAACCGGAAGGAGCUCAAAAGGUCUGCCAUGAAGCAGCUCUUCAGGACAGUGGACUGUGGGGUUCCAGCUGAACAGAUGGGGUCCCCCUUCCCCACCAGCAAUGGCUUGCUACAACAUGCCAACCAGGUAAAGAGGAGCAAGCAGAGGCUUCUGGAGCAGAUGCAAUGCAAGCGCUUCCAGGACUGGGAGGCCGACCCACGGCACUACAACUCCCAAGAUGGGGCUUCGCCAGUCUCCUUCUAUGCUUCGGAGAUGGAUCCACGACUCAAGUCUCCAGCGCUCCAGAGCAUCCCAGAGGCCGACCAGGAAAGUGCCACUGUGGAGCCACCGGCAUGCAGGCGCCUGCCACCGGGAUCUGUCUUGGCUGAUGCCACGGGUCACUUCCUGCUACCAGGUGCGACACCCAGCUUGGAGGGACUCUACGAGGAUGGAGACUCACUCCACAAUGUCUCGCUCUUUGACCACUGCUCCAGCGCCUCUUCUGACUCCAGCAUUGACAUCGCCUUUGUGCGCUGCCCCAAAAGCCAUGUCCGGGAGCCCUAUCCUGGAGGAAGCAGCAGCGGUAGCCGGGACGGUGGCUACAAGUACCCCAACCGGGGCUCCGUGUCACCAGAUGAGACAGGCCUGAUGCGCCAUAGAUCUCUGCAGGCUGUGCAGCGCAAGAGCAAGUCCCUGAACGGUCUGCAGCUGGACACGUCCACAGUCUCUGAUGGCAGCGGCCCUGCUGACUUGGCCCACCCCAAAGGCCACAGCCCUCAUGGAAGCCAACAGCACACCAAGGUGGAACGUCAGUCCAGCAAGGGCUCCGCCAACCGCAAGCUACAGAGGAGCUUGAGCCCCUUGCAGAGAGUGGACGCCGAGAGUUGCACCACCACAGAGGAGGAGCUCCGCCGAGAUCAUGACAAGGAGCCCACAGGCCAGGUCUGGCCGGAGGAGACCAAGUGGAGGGGCGGCACCGAAGAGAACAGCCAGGCUGCCUUCAGCGAGAGGGGCCGCAAACAGGAUCAGAAAGGGGGUUUUAGGAGCUCCUUCAAGAAGCUCUUCAAGAAAAAGUCGGGGGGUGACUGCAAAGACAAAGGCAGCGAGAAGUCAGAGUCUCAGGCGUACAGCGAUCACGAGUCCACCAAGACGCCCCGAAUCACUCGUCUCGGAGACGUCGACAGGGGAACGGCGGUGUGAACCCAGCGCCACCUACAGGGCUACACGCGGCUGCGCUCGCAUCUACUCUGGCGUUGCGUCAUGAGGAACAUUAGCAGGGACAGCUGUGCCUCGCAGGUCAAUGUUACCGGACUCUCUCAUUUUAAUGACAGCUAUAUCUCUUCAGCUGCCACUCCGUUUCACUGCCGCCCAACAUCUCUUUGAACAUGGUAUGUUAGUAAAUGUUAUAAUGACUGUUUGGAUAAUGACUAUGAAAUUAUUCUUUUUAUGUAAUGUUUCCUUGAAAGACAGCUUUAUAUAUACUCAUUUUUGUACAGUUUCCUCAACUUCAAAGACUUAUGCUGUUGGUGAAAAAGAGAAAAACAUAACAAGCUAAGAUACGGUCUUUAUGUUGCACUAAGACAUUUUUAAUGGCAAAUUUAAAAAGCCUAAAAACACAAUCAUGGGAUCUCUUGCUUUUCUACACUUCAAAUAGCUCAUGGUUUUAUAAGCAGAGCAUUUUUUUGAUUAAUGGCACUCUAUGCUUUUGUGGUUUUUUAUGUUGUUGCCGAGACUGUCUCAAUGCUAGACAUCAUGUCAAGAAUGUUGUCUCCUUUGUCUUGGAAGCACAGACUACCAGUAGCAGACACACAUGGCCCAAGGCAGAGAAAUAAACUGGUAAACAGUCAAGGACACAAAAAAGACCAUUUAUCUGUUACGUCAGCAGAUGACAAAACACCCACAAACCAGGUCUUCCAUAAUUUUUUGAAUAUAUGAAAAACAAUUUCUGUACAAUACUGUACCUGAUCCCCAAACAUCAGAUGUUUUCAUCAAAGUCCUGAUGAAGAUCCAAGUGUAUUAAAACACUGAUUCUUCUUAAGUGCAGGAAAGGAGGGUAAUUAAGGAUGGUGUACAAGGAUGUAUGAACAUUAUGUUUCUAUUUAUUUAUCAUUAAUACCUGGAGUCACUGUGGAUGAUUUUUGUUCCUUUCCUUUCUUUUGUGGUGAAGUCUAACUCUCCAGGUCAUGGAUUUCGACAACUAGCUACCACCCCGCUUUCCAGACUUUGUCCAAGUCUCAAAACAUACGAAAUAUAAAGCACCUUGGUAACAUUCAUUUCGGCAGGCUGACACCGUCAUUGUCCUAGAAACGAGACCCAAGACACUGAUUAUGAAUCUCAUGAGGGUUUUCUUCUUUGUGUUUGUAAUUUCCUUCAAGGAAACCUUGGUCUUUCACUUACCUGCAAAAGCCCCCAAAGGGGUUCAGGAAACCAUUUGAAGAUAAUGUAUAUAUUAGAGAUGAAUAACAUUAGUCUUCUAAAUCUUCAGCCUACUGUCUUUAAUCAGGUACUUAACCCUGAGAGAAUUCUUAAUGUUUUCAUCCUUUUACACUUUAAAAUCUGCUAAUUGAAAUGUGAUGU